AUGGAAGGAAUAUUAGUGAGGACUUUAUUUAUAUUGCAGGGUGCUUUUCUGCCGUUCACUGCGUCUAUUUCUACUUCCAAGCCGAACAUCGUAUUCAUUAUGGCCGACGAUUUGGUAAGAAGUUCUAUUAUUUUUUGAUACCUUAAAACAGUCGAUUAUCCAAAUCCCAUUCUCUCCAAUAUAUCAAGUCAAUUUUUUGUACGUAGUAAAGAUAAAGUAGAGGUAAAUGUAUAGAUGCAUUUUUCUCAAUAAAACAAUAAAAAAUAUUUGUUUCGGGAAAUAUUAAAAUUGGGAAUAGAUUUUUUUUUCAAGACAUUUGGAGAAAUGAUAUACAAUUCUUUACCCUUCACGAUUACCAUGAAAAAACGUACGAAAAAUACCUUAUAACCAAACUGAUUAUUAUUUUCAUUUGCUUUUUUUUUUUUUUUGUAUACAUGUUUAAGUGAAUAAACUGACAAUUUUGGUCUGCUAUUCUUAAAAUGUUAAUUUUAAAUUUUUUUUACCGCAAAUAUAAACUUCAUAUUAAAUUUUCAAGCAUUUCUAUUAAGUCUAAGAAUUAUAUCCACAUAGCACCUACUGAAUAAAAUUUAUGAACAAAACUGGGAAAAGUAAAAUGAUUUUAAGUAACUCAAACAUUUUACCAUGUCUAGAAAAGGCAAACAUACGUUUUCCAUCCAAAUUUAAAGUGCCUACGAAUAUGUUUAACUAAAUUACAACAAAAAGCAAAAUUGAAAAUAAUAAGAGCAUUAUUUUUUUAAAUUUUCCUAUUUCUCUUAUGCUUUAUCCCGAAUUUUCCCAGAUAUUAUAAAACUGCUCGGAAAAUCAAAAAAUUACUACUUGUUCUUUGUUCUAGUCUGUGAACACAAUUGUUCCUAGCGAACUUGCUCCGAUGUAUAAGUGUAGCAACUUUUAUGAAAGCUCAAGUUGUCUAGAUUUUACUUUAAACAAGUUAGUUUUUCAUUUUCUAUGCCAUUUUUCAAAUAAAAGCACUUAAGAGGGAAAAAACGUAAGAAACAGUACAAUUUCACGAUUUCAUUAUUUUCACAAAACAUCUUUUUUGUUGCCUCUUUGAUUUACUAUCUUACGGUAUCAUCACCAAAACUUUUGAACUACUUUUGAACUUUUAAGGAAUUUAAAUUUUUGGGAAUUUUUUGCUGUAAUUUGGUUAUAAAUACACGUAAAGGCUUAAAACUUGGUAAUAAUACUAAUAUUGGAUUUACCUAGACGUGGUAAAAUUUCCAAAAUCAUCGGACGAUUUUUUUUUUUUAAUAAUAAUCUUUUUGAAAUCAAAUUUAAACGAAAAUCGCAAAAAAAAAAUACGGCACUUCAAAUUAUCUAUUAUCGAACUGUGUUUGGAAUCGUCUUUUGUCAAGCAAUGGUUUAUCGUUACUUACAGAUAUAAAUGAAAUAAUCUUAUGUAUCUUACCUCCUCAAAUUCUCACCUACAACAGUGGUCGCUCACAUUCUCAAUAUCAGUUCUUUUUUAAUAUCUGUUUUUAUCCCAAUGAAAGACUUUUAUAAACUCCAUAACGUGAUGUCUAUUGUGUCAAACAUUGCCUUUCUUUUCAUUGCCAUACUUAGAGAUAUAUUCCGACAAAAAAGGAUCGAAUUUAGCAAUAUUUUCUAAAUAUCUCAUAUAAUUGUCUUUAUGUACAGAGCAAAAUUCAUUAUUUUGACCAUGAAUUGGCAGUUAAUGGAAGACAUUGGUCCAAUACUUCAGUUUGAUUCAAUUUCUUCACUAAACAUUUUAUCAUUUGAAUUAAUAUUUUCUUAUGAUCUUGAAAACCAAAUUCUAAUUGAUUCACCAUGCAGCUUUGCUUUCUUCGUGACAUUUCUCUUUUUCUUUAUAUUUUCCUCGUGUUUUAAUCCAUAUUUUAAAUUUCCAAGAUUACUCUUUCUGUUAGAAAAAAAGGCACUGAAAUCAAAAUAAGGUUUUGCUGAAAAAGAAUACAAGAGCCACUUUAUUUUUAUCUUUUGUCGGUAAUGCAAUAUCCUAGUAAGUAUAGCACGGAGCAGUUUACGAAAAUAUUUUUUAAAUUUUUGUCAAAUGAUAUUAAAAAUAAUUUUUUAACACGAAUUGAAUUGAAUUGGUUGAUUUAAAAUAAAAUAGUCUAUAUAUUUUAAAUUAACUAUCUAUUUCUCAGAAUCCAAGUCAGUCGCAGGAGCAGUUUUGUUUUUUUUUGACAGGGUAGAAUAAUUUAAUAAAAAUUAUGUAUAUAUUAGUAAAAUUAAAUAUUGGUAUAUUUUGUAUAAAUAUAAAUUGGUACAAAAAUGAAAGAUUUGUUUUAUUUACCAAUAAAUACAAUUUAAAACUGAACAUAUGCAUGGAGAACUUGACUAUUUAUUUACCAAAUUAUUAUUUGUAUCGUUUGGAGAUUUGAAGUUUCCCAUUCAAAAUUUUUUAUUUUCCUUAAAAGUCAUAAAACACUUGUUGAAUAUUAUCAAAGUACUAAUAUUAUGCUUCAUAUCAAAGUUCGUCUAUCAUGAAUUGCAGGGAUGGGUAACUUAAAGUCAGAAAUGGUCCACAUUUUAGAACUUAUUUAUAAACUUUAUUUAUACUUACAACAUGUACAUAUGCAUAUAUAACCUAAUGUAAGAUUUGAUUUCUGUCUACGAAUUCAUUGAAAUUAUCUACGCAUACAAUAAACAUAAUAAAAUGAAAGCUGUCCUAGAAUAAUGGGGAAGGGUGCAGUUACUGUUGUAGGUGGGAAGUUUGGAAGGUAGGAUAUAAACAAGAAUUUAAUAUAUAUCGGUAAGCAACAUUAAACCAUUGCUUACGAAAAAACGAUUCUGAGUGGAGUUUAGUUGAUAGUGAUGCUUAUAUGAAACAAUAUGAAUGUUAUUUUAUAGUAAAAUAAUUAAAAUGCUUUAUAUAUUUUCUUUAAUAAUAUUUGUUUAAUGUUAUACCGAUUUUCCUAGUGUUCCUACGUUUUAUCCGGGUUUUUUAUAUUUGCUGAGAAAACUCUUGGGAGAAUUAAAAAACCUACCUCUUUAAAGUACCUCCCUAGUGAAAUUUCAUUUUAGAAACAUUGCUUUCAUUAAAAGUUGGAGCAAAAUUGUCGGUUGAAAAGUUGUGUACAGAAAAAAAAAGGCCGUAUUACAUUUUAAUUAGUACCUACAUUUCUUUUAUUUUUUUCAAAUUUGAUGAGAAAACUCCUGAGAAAAUCGAAAAAUGAUCUGUUUAAAAUACCUCACUAUUGAAAUUUUCUUUUUAGAAACAUUGCUAUCAUUAAAAGUUGGAGUGAAAUUGCUGAUAGAAAAAUUGUUCACAAGAAAAAUGAAGGACAAUAUCCUGGACAAGAAAUUUCUGGGAAAUAAUCGUACGGAUUGUAAAAAUCCGGUGUAUGAAACUCUGUAAAUGUCCGGAUUGUAAAAAUCCGGUGUAUGAAACUCUGUAAAUGUCCAGAUUGUAAAAAUCCGGUGUAUGAAACUCUGUAAAUGCCCGGACUUUAAUCGGUCGGAAAAAUAAAUGCUCAGACCAGAAUAUUCUGGACUGUAAAAAUCCGGAAAGCAUAAAUGCCUAAACCAGAAAGUGCAGGACUAUAAUAAUGCAGAAUAAAAAAAUAUGCACAUUGUUUUGUCCCGAAUAAGAUCUUUUUAGAAUUUAACAAAAAUAAAAAAAAACACUGAUAGAUGGCGAUGAUUCGCAUACAUUCCGAGAUAUUGCGGUCUGUAAGAUUACAUUCCGGAAAUUUCUUGUUCAGGACAUAACAGUGUGCAUAUUUUUGUAUUCUAGAUUAUUAUGAUCCGGGACUUUCUGGUUUUUGUUAUUUAUGUUUUCCGGAUUUUUAUAGAAAGGAACAGUGCCAGAAAUUUACAAUUUUUUAGGCCUGGGACAGAAAGAAAAAAUUUGCCUAUUUUUAAUGAAUUUAAUACGAAUAUUUCUUAUCUCAUAUUUUGAAUGAAUUAAAAAAAAUAAUUUAUAAUUUUACAAGUAUUUUCGACUGUACACUUUUUUGGUAUUCUUCAAUUUUAAGGAUUAAUUAAAAUUAAAAGAAUAAUUAAAUCCAGUAGGAGGGCCCCUGAUCCACAUGGGCCCUGGACAAAUACCCACAAUGUCCUUGCGUAAAUAGGGCCCUGGACAGGAAUAUUUUGGUCUGAGUAUUUAUUUUUUCGGUCGAUUACAGUCUAGACAUUUAUAGUGUUUAAUGUUCUGGAUUUUUACAGUUCACCGUUAUUUUGUUCGUAAAUUUACUUUCUGGAAUUUUACAGUCCACAUGAUUAUUUUCCGGAAUUUUCCAGUCGUCCAGAUAAAUUAUUAAAAUAUUAAGAUUUUUUUUUCUGGGCACAACUUUUAUACCAGUAAUUUUGCUCCAAUUUAUAAAUGAUAGCAAUGUUUCUAAAAGAAAAUUUGAAUGGAGAGGUACUUUAAAGAGGCCAUUUUUCGAUUUUCUCAAGAGUUGUCCCAGCAAUGGCGAAAAACCAUAAGAAAACUCGGUAAAUCCGGGAAAAACGUAAAAUUGGAAAAAUUGGUACAACAUUAAACAAAUAUUAUUAAAGAAAAUAUAUAGAACUUACUUAAUUAUUUUACUAUAAUAUGACAUAUUGUAUAUUGUUGACUUAGCAUCACUAUCAACUGAAAUCCGCUCAGAAUCCUUUUUUCGUUAGCAAUGGUUUAUCAUUGCUUAUAGGUGUACAUUCAAUUACUUAUAAUAGUGGUUGUAUCCGAUCCCAUUAUCCUAGGACGUAUUUUUACAUACUAAACUUUUGAUUUUAAUAUAAAUUUAAAUAGUUUGCGAAACAGUAAAUUAUAAGAAAUGUUGAUACUUAAUAAUAAGUAAAAUUAUUGAAAAUUGAACUAAUUAUAAUUUAUAUAUACUAAAAAGCAUGCUAUUUCCUUGAUGACCGACUUCUAAUCACCACACUUAUUAUAUUAUUUAGUUUACAAAAACAAUUCUAUUUUUUUCAGGGGUGGAAUGAUGUGAGUUUUCACGGAUCUGACGAAAUUCUGACGCCGAAUAUUGAUGCUUUGGCGUUUAACGGUAUUGUACUGAACAAUUUAUAUACGCAACCGGUGUGCACACCGUCUCGAGUAGCUUUGAUGACCGGGAAGUAUCCCAUCAAAUUAGGUAAGUACUUAUGAAAAACCAUAAAUACUUCUAUAAACUACAUACUCCUUAAAUUUUAUAUCAAACCUACGUAUUCGUAUCUAAGUAUAAAUAUCGUCUUUCACUACACUUAAAAAUUCCAAAAAUCAGAAUUUGAAUUUACCAUAGUAAUUUAACCUUAAAAAUGCGACGAGUAUGUUUAAAAAAUCACCAUGUAUGUCUUACCAUAUUUUCAAUACUUUUGGACAUUUUAACGCAGCAGUUCCCACUAGGAUUUUGGAAAGAACACAUUAUUAUUUUCGAAAAUUACUCAUGGGCCACAUGCAGUAAAUUAAUUUUAAUCAACGUUUCCUUCUGGACCAAAAAAAUAAAUAUCGGGGUAUAAUAUAGUCGUUUUAUAGGGGGAUAAUUGAAGUGAUAAACGUUCGGUUUAAUUUUCAUAUGAAUUUCAGAAUGUUGUUGCUGUAGUGGAAGUAUUUUUGCUUGAAACAAUUUCCUUAAAUUAAGCUCGAGGAAUUAUGUAUAUCAUUUUAAGUAGUGUUAAGGAUAAGCCUUUCGAAGUUUCAAAUUUCAAUAUUUAUCUUUUCUGUUUUUACGCUAAAAUUAAAUUUUUUUUUUUGGAUGUUGAGUAUAUUAUUGUAAAUUAUAAUGUAUAGUAUAGUAUAUAUAGUAUUCGGUUAUUUAUUGUUUUGCAAAAACUAUACCUAUAAUACGAAAUAGGUGAGGGAAAGUUUGACUUUUUUAACGGAACUCUGAUGCCCAUGGUUUUUUUUUUAAAUAUAAUAUUCUAUGAAAACCACAAAAUGGAUUUAAUCAUUUGUGUAUUAUUACGUUAAAGGUAUGCAAGGUCCUCCAACUUAUGGUGCUGAACCAAAUGGCUUACCACUUUCCGAGAAACUGUUACCAGAAUACUUCAAAGAAUUGGGGUACUCGACUCGGGCCAUAGGCAAAUGGCACUUAGGUUUCUUCAAACAAGCUUAUACGCCUACACGCCGGGGUUUCGAAUCGUUUUUAGGUUAUUAUACGGGAUACGUUAGCUAUUACGAUUACAUCCUUCAAGAUACCGUGAGUCUUUUACAAUAGAUUUGACUUAUUAGUCGAAUAAAAAUGUUAACUAUAGGUAUAAUGUAUAUAAUAUAAUAUGUUAUAUGGUCAUAGGUAAAAACGAUAUGGAAAUAAACGACAUUUGGAAAAAAAAAAGACUUCGCACGAUAAGUGAGCCACUGUUGUAGGUGAGAAAUUGGGUAGGAUCAGUGACGGAUAUAGGAUUUUUUUUUUGGACGGGCGGCCAAAAUGUUUAAAUUAAUUUUUAACAAUGAUCACUAAGUAUGAAAUUAUUACGUACUUUUUAGAAAAAACCUUUGGAUGGGAAAUUGAACAAGUAUACGAAGAAAAUUUGUUUUUAUUAAAAUAAUUCAUAAUUAAUCGCUCGACAAAUGAAUAAAUGUAUAUGAUGAUAUGACACCAGACCCGGGUCAAGAAUUAAAUGUAUUAUUACAAUUAACAAAUUAAGAAAUGACUGAACGGGUGGGUGUUGAGGUGAUGGUGUUCCUUUCUUUCGUACGUCAGUGGUGCUCGUGGAUAUUCUUUUGAGCUGAUUCAACUGGACUGAACUCCAUUUUUGUUUCUUCCCGUUGUCUUAUACAUUAUGUUUUGUCGUCUUGGUCGGCGUCUAGGUGAUAGUGGACUCCAUCGUCGUUGUCUCCUUAUGGUGACUUUGUCCGUAUCCGAACAUGAUUUUUCCGUGGCCUAUCAACAUGUGACAUUCGUUGUUGCAUGGAAACGUUUUUGGUUUGGCAUACCCAUAUUAAUGGCCCUUAAUGUGACGACCGAUUUCGCAUUUAGUUUUGUACUUGUGUGCAGUUAUUAAUUCAUAUCAAAAAUUGUAUACACGUGAAGGACAGAGUCUAACAAAAUACAGAGAAAAUUAUAAUCAAGUAUCAACAUAAUCGACUAUCGUAAUAGUCUAAUAAUUAGACUUUAACUGCAAUUUAAACGAUGAUUUAUAAUCAUUAUUAACUUAUAUUAUUAUAAUAUACAAAUACUGUAAAUAUAAUAUAACUGAGGGCUGGCCUUUUUGGCCCUCUCCUCUUUAAUCGAUUAAUCUUUGCUAACGAAAAACAAUUCUUAGUGGAGUUUGGUUAUAAAUCAUGUUUAAAAGGCCGUAAUAUUUACGUUUUUCGUCAAAAUUUGAAAUUAAAAUUCUAAUAAAAAAAAUUACCUUCCAGUUAAAUUUUAAAGAGCAUUUCUGUUUGAUCUAACAAUUUUAUCCACAGAGUGCCUACUGAAUAAAUAUUACUUACAGAUCUUUUAAAAAUGAAAUGUCUAAUAGCUUAAAAAUGGCAUAAAUGUUUUAAAAAAUUUUACCCCUUCGAUAAGAAGUAAAUAUACAUUUUCUAUCUAAAUUUCAAGUCUAUAUUAAUUUUAUUAACUGAAUUACAACAGAUGAGAAAAUUGAAAAAAAUAAAAUCAUUAUUAAUAAAACAAUAAAACAAUAAAAUAAUAAAGUAAAAACAAAAUUAUUAAAAAGAGCUGAUACUAGGGACGUAUGCAGUCACUGUUGUGGGUGAGAAAUUGGAGAGGUAGGAUAUAUAAGGUUAUUUCAUUUAUAUCUGUAAUCAACGAUCAACUAUUGUUUGACGAAAGACCGAUCCGAGAACAGUUCGUUGGUACAUAAUUUGGAGUGCCGUAAUUUGUUUUGCGAUUUUCAUUUAAAUUUGAUUUAAAAACGUUUAUUGAAAAAAAAAGUAGUUCGAUGAUUUUGAAAAUUUUACCACGUCUAAGUAAAUCCAAUUUAAGUAUUAUGACGAAGUUUCAAGUCUUUACAUAUAUUUAUAACCGAAUUACAGUAAAAACUCCUAAAAAUUAAAACUCAUUAAUAACUCACAAGUGACUUAAAAGUUUUGGCGAUGAUACCAUAAGAAAAAGAAAUAAAAAAGGCAACAAUAAAGGUAUCUUGUGAUUUUUCAAUUAAAUCAUUUUUUCUGGUAGAAAACGUCGUCCGUGUUUUUAAAUACCAUUUUGAGCUUUUAGAUAAGUUGCUAUAUGAAAGUUAAGAUAAUGGAGAUGGGUGCAGCCACUGAUGUAGAUGGAAAGUUAGGAAGGUAGGAUAUAGACGGAAAUUUAAUGUAUAUCUGUAACCAACUAUAACUAUAAACUAUAACUUUCGAAAAACGAUUCUGAGUGGAGUUCAGUAGAUAGUGAUGCUUUAUCAAAAUAAUUAAAUAGGCUUUAUAUUUUCUCUUUAGUAAAAUUUGUUUAAUUUUUUAUAGAUUUUCCCAAUUUGUCUACGUUUUUACCGGUUUUCCCAUGUUUUAUUCCGGUUUUUCAGGUUUGCUGGGAAAACUCUUGGAAAAAUCAAAAAAUUACUUUGAAAUUUCCUUUUAGAAAUAUUGCUAUCUUUAAAAGUUUGAGCAAUCUUGUUGGUAGAAAAGUUGUGCACAGAUAAAAAAGAAAGCCGUAAUAUAUUUUAAUUUGUUUUUACAUUAAUUUGUAUAUGUUUUCCCGUUUUUUUUCGGUUUUUCAAAUUUGAUGAGAAAACUUUUGAGAAAAUCGAAAAUUGAGAAGUAUUUCUCUAUGUCAGUUUCCUUUCAAAAAAGGUGCUACACGUAGAUAUCUGAGUAAGUUUUGGUAGAAAAGUUGCGUACUGAUAAAAAAAAAAAUAAACAUCUUUGUAAAACCAUACGCUUUUCCACUCCACUCAAAAUCUAAAAUAUAUAUACAUCAUUUUAAAACCAAUACAUUCUUCGUUGAACUUAGAAUCUAAAAUCUCAAGGUUAGGGCAUGUUAUAAAUGACAGGUUUUAGAUAUAGUGUGAUAAUUGUGAUGUGGUAUAAUAUAAAAAUAUUUGUACGUACUAUGCGACACGAGCGUCUAUUCGAUAGACGCUUCAUCGAAAGGAUGGUCGACGACAUCAUUGCCUGCACAAUGCGCAAUCGGCCAGAUAUGACCCUGAAAAGAUUUGUGACGUAAUGUGCUAUGAAUUUGUUAGUGUGUUUAAAAAUGGUUUUUUUUUGUUUAUAGACAUAAUAUCGUACCCGUAUACGAAUAUUUUUUUGAAUACGUGUCUACUGACUGUGGGAUAUUACCAAUCGUAAUGAAAAACUGUAUUGACUCCCUACGGCUAUUUUCCCUAAUUAAUUACUUAUUACGAAAAUAAUGUAAUAGGUAUCACUUACCAUGGUAACCUGUUUGAAGUUUGAAAGAGGAUCGUUGUUCAAAAUAUGAGAUGUGGCCACGGAAGUUUAUCCCAUAAAACUCAAAAUGUGCAUGUCGUCGUUAAAUAAUAUCAGGCGUAUAGACAGCUGCUUAUUAGAGAUGAAUGAAUCCCCGCCGGCGUUAAACCUCAGAUACUCAAAUUCACUUCAGUUUUGUUUAUGACAGUGAGCACUUCAAUAUAAAAUAUAAAUUAUAUUUUUUUAAGAAAUAAAUACGUUAUAUAGUCAAAUAAAGUGACAAUAAGUACAAUUAUCAGGUAUAGGAACAAGGAGAAUUCAAUUCAACAGUCUAUGGUACUGCAACUAUUAGGUUUAGAACUUGGAAGCGUUUUAAGUGUACUAGGACUGAAUGAGUGAACAAAUAUGAGUGUUCCUGCUGGUAAAACCUAGAGGACUAAGAAAAAAAAAGUGACGCGUGUGGCGCCUUUAUGUUAUCCGUGGUUUCCCACUCUAGUGACUCUCACUUGACCAUAAUUCGCGAUAGAAAGUUAAUGUAGGGGCGCUGUAGUUAUAAUUGGUAAUAUGGUCAUAAUUAAUUGAUAAGAAAUAGUUGGAUAUGAAAUUUAUUAUGUAUAGUAAUCAGUUUUAAUAAUUAGUCCCGUUAAAGGGGUUUUUUGCCACUGCCAUCAGGUGUCAGCCCAUUCAUUUUCUAUCGGAAUAGUUUUAAGUGGGGUGUCUCUAUGUGGGUGACACGCGUAACUUACAUUGUAAAUUAUGGCUUGGUGCACUUGGAUGGCAACACUAAUAUUAAUAAUGGAACUAUGGAACUAAAUGCGAUCGUUUAUUACAAAUAUUAAAUAUUUAUUAUAUUACCAAUUUUCCACUCAUUUUUUUAUUAUGGAUUUAAUUUUACGUUUUUAUGUAAUUGUGCCAUUGUAAAUAAAAUAUUUUUUUUGGCGUCGGUUUCUUCUAUGUCGUUUUUUCCUAGAUUCAUAUAUGUAUAUAAUAUAUGUAUAAUGUAUAUAUUAUAAUACGUGCCUUACUCAAUCUACUCUCUUCUCCAACUUGGGUUAGAGAAAGAGCUAGAGUCUUGGCUAUCAAAACUUCUUUCCAUUUAUUUAUAUUCCAAAUAUAUUAUUCACAUUUUCGCCAGGUCUUCUUUAAUUUCGUCCAACUAACGCUUUUUAACUGAGCUUAUUGGACUUUUCCUUAAUAUAUACUUAGAAUAUCAUAAUCAAUUCUCCAAUUACGAAUUAUAAUAAAUAAUAUAAUAGAUUAAUAAUUACAUAUACACAAUUUAUUUUAUUAUACUUAAAAAUAUAGUAUCAAAAAUACGGUGAAUUUAACGGAUUCGACCUUCGGAGGAACGAAACAAUAGCAUGGGAUCUGGUUGGAAAAUAUGCCACGGAUGUGUUCACCGAUGAGGCCGUGCGAUUGAUCAAAGAUCAACCGGCCAACAAACCUAUGUUGUUAUACUUAGCCCAUUUGGCCGUGCACUCGGCCAACAAAGGGAAACCGUUAGAAGCGCCGCAGUCUGAAGUCGACAAGUUCAAACAUAUUUUGGACCCAAAUAGGAGGACUUACGCAGGUUACUUAACGGUUUUUAUUAAUACAUUUUAAACAGUGAUCAAAUAUUUACUUUAAUUUUGCUAAAUUAUUUAAAAUAGUUUAAUUAUCAAAAAUACAUUCAAAUAGAAUUAAAACUCUUUAGCAGAUACUAGGAACUUGUAAUGCAUUAACGAACACCAAAAUUUAUAACUCCAUCUAUUUACGGAAUUUUUAAUAUAGGUUGUCAUUUUAAAAACCAAAGUUGGUAUCGUCACAGGAUACUUCUUAAAUGUCGUUAAAAAUCUAAGUAUUCCAAAAUUUUGGCUUUAACUACAUUUAAAAAUUCCAAAAAUCAGAAUUUAAAUAUGUGCAAAAUUUAACCAAAAAAUGGGGUGAGUAAGAUUAGUAAUUUAUCCUGUGUAUCAUAUCUUCAAAUAAUUUACUAUUAUCUACCUAUUAUACACUAUAUACUUAGUACAAGUACUAAUAAAAGAAUUUGAGUCAUGGUUAAUCAAACGAGGUGGAUUUGGGGGAUAUAUUCCUACAUGACCUAUUCCACUUCAAAAUUGUACAAUGAUACAAUAUAUUAAAGUGUCCCACGAUGAUCUGACACUUGAAAUAACUUUUGUUCUAUUUAAUAUUUUUAACAUGGGAGUAUUUAAUCUCAGUCAAAGAUAAAAAUCUUGUAAGACUCCUUGGAAGCUUGUACAAAAAUAAAUCAAUGAAAAAUGUAACUUUAACUCUAAAUGGACCGAUGAGUGAAGACUAAAUAGCCCUAACAAUUAUAACAUCAUCAUACAACCUAUGAAAAGGGUACUAGGGUCUAGGGUUCCAGCUAUCACGGGAGGAAUGGAUGACACUAUUUAGACUUAAGACUGGUCAUGAAAAAACGGAGAAAAUGCUUCAUGAAUUGAGUCUUAAAGAUACACCACAUUGCGACUGUGAACAUUAUACCCCGACAGCCAAUCACAUUUUGGAAGAAUGUCCAACAUACAAGGUAGAAUGAAAUACCUCCAAAGUUACAGUAGCAGCAACAAAUUGUAAAACUAACCUGGACAUUAGAAUUCAAGACAGUUCAAAUACAAUCCCGACUUUAUCAAUCAAUCAAUUUUUUUUUUUUUAUUAGAUUCUUAAUAAAUCAUAUAUGCCUCAGCGGUUAUACAUAAAAAAACAAUUAUAGAACUAACUACAGAUUAUUAUAAUAGAAAGUCUUCAGAAAUAAAAAAGUAAUUAUGGAAUGGAUGAAGGAGAUAUUAGAUGAUUGAAAAAUAUGAGGGAGAGUAAAGGGAAUAUUAUUAACAGUAAAUAAAGAAGAAAUUAGAAGACGCAUAUUUGUAAGGGCAGGACAGUUAAAGAGGAGAUGGGAAGAAUUACAGAUUAAAAACUGUCAUGAUGAACACAAAAAGGGGAAUCAUUAAGGGAUAGGUAAUAAGCGUGAGCGGGAGUAAGAGAUAAUGGUAGUUCGAGAAUUUUAACUGAUACUCCGGGGAUUUUGUGGAACCAGGGAAAGGAUAAGAUAGAAGGUCAGAUAAGACGAAAAGUGAAAGCAAAAAUAGGUGGUAAAUUAACUAAUUUACCAUUUCCUGACCUAAAAUCAUGAGCCUUAAGAGCUGAGAAAAAGUCGGAACUAGGGAUUUUGAUUGGAGAAAGGAUAGAAUAGGAACAUGAAGUAAUGAGCUGGUCCGUGAUUUCAUUCCCUAGGGUACCUGAAUGGCUAGGAACUCAAAGAAAGUGGAUUGAGUAACCAUAAUUUGAAAUUGAGAAAGGAUCGAAUGGAAUAAAUUAUGAGGUAGGAAACAAGCGGAAACGAAAGGGGAAGGAAUUAAUAUUAUGAGAUAAGAUUGAGAGUCAGAAAAAAAUGACCAAAUUGUAAUGUUAUGCUCACAUAACAUAAUAUUAUAACUGUAUAAUUAUUUAUUAUUUAUAUCAUUAAAAAAAUGUAACUAAAAGAUUCAAAUAUGGCCGAGUACUUGGUAUUUCACAAAAGGUAAAUAAUUUAAUAAAUCUAACGGAUCGUUCACUAUUCGAGAGGGAUGCAAGUUUAUCUACAAGCAAAAUAAUUUAGAUAUGUGUCAAAUAUAACAGAACUACAUGCCAUCAACUACGGCCUUUUGAGGACACUGCCGCCUCAGUCAUACUAUUGUAUAUUGUCUUCUUUUCACAAUUCGAGUAUUACUUAUUUUAUAUCGACAUUGACGCGAUUGCCGUCUGUUCCAUCUUUUUAAGCAUACAAAUUCCAGUGGUUUUCUAUCAUUCGAGAAAAAUCAACAUCCAAUCAUUUACCAUAAUUUAGAACAUUCAAAUAUAAGUGAUAUAAAAUUAAGCAAUAAAUACACAACAUCAAUCGGCCCUUUGAUGAUACCGCCGUGCCGUCAUCAUUCUUUCACACUAUAUACCGUUACAAUUAUUUCAAUACAAAUUUCAAAUCUACGUAUAACACUUUUUUUAUGGUUGAUCUUUUUUUUAUUGGCUUAUAUAAACACAUAAAAUGUAACGGUUUUUUCUAUUGAAAAUGAAGCGUCUUGAUCCCUCUAGAAACCCCAAGACGAACACUCUGUCGAGAAUCCCACACACAGCAACAACUACGCUCUACCAACUUCUUUCGAGGAUCUCUCUCGAAUAGCUAGCUCCGACUUUUAGCAGCUAUAAUCACUCGUGUUCGAUUUAUUUAUUAACUCACUUGGUGUUAAGUGUUAAUUAAUUAAAUUAAUUUAUCUUAAUUAAAUUGUGAUUGCUGUUCAACGACUCCAGGUUCACGUAAGGUUAUCCAUAAGUAUAGACCCUAGCGUUCCAACACCGUGGGCAGGUAAUAUAAUUAUAUUUUUCUCUAGUUAUUCAUUUCGUCACCAUUCUCGAAUUCACGACUCCGAAACCCUUUCAAACAUAGGAAGGAAGGUAGUAAUAUAACUAGUAAGCAGAACUCAUAUAAUAAUUAGAGAUAUAUCAUUCUUUGUAGUACCAAAACUUAGAUCGAUUGUUUCACUCUAUAUAGGCACAUUUUUAUACCUACUCCUUUAUAUUUCAUUCUUUAUAGAUAUUUCUACGUGAUUAUCCUAUUAUUUUAAAUAUGAUUGUCUUUUAUUUCUAUACUUAGUGUCCUAAGUCUACUACUAUCUCCCAUUAACUACGCCUCUCCCUUGAUAUCAUCCCCCGUCUUAACCUUUUUUAACUCUCCUCUUAUUUACCCCCCCCCAUUUCCCUUUCCUAUUUUUUGUAUUACUACAAAAUUAUGAAUACUUAAUGAUUUGAUGGUUAGAAGGGCUUUAUAUAUAGCAAGGCAUUUAGUUGGAAAAGACGAGGCAAAUAGGAGAAUAAAGGAUUAAAGGAAAAUUUAAGCGAAGACUGUGGACCUAUGAAGUCUAGGGAUGUAAAAAUAAUAACUAGCAGACGGAUCCAUCGGUAAAUAUUAGGCAAAAAUUAGGAUAGAGAAAAGUAAUGAACAUACUAAAUAUAGAGUCUAUGGUAAAAGGUGGGAAAGACCGGAUAGAGGAGUUAGAAUAGAUGCAUAAGAAUAAGAAGCUAAUAAUAACGGAAACUGUUAAUAGUAAAGCUUCAAAAUGCAAAUCUUAUACAGGCAGGCUGAUUGAACAAUGAAUAAACGAAAAAAAAGAGCGAUGAGAAUUGAUAAUAUUAGAUAGAAGUAGCGUAAAUUUUACGGAGUACCGCCAAACGUGAAAAAUCGAUAAAUAAAGAGAAAGAAUCAUAGAGAUCGGGAGAAGAAAAUUUUUUUUAAAAAGAAUUUACUGCCAAGCCAGUAAGUAGGAACAUAUAAAGGGGGAACGCGUAACUCGACUUCUAGAGCUGAAGAAGGAAUGGUACGAAGAGCACUAAGAAUAGAACGUAGGCACAUAUCUUGAUAAGAAUUGAGUUUAAUACAAGUAGAUUUACAAGCUGCAUCAUAUAAAAAAAUCAAUAGUCAAGUUUGGCUCUAACUGUAACCUUGUAAACUAAUAAAAGAGAAGAAGGGUGGCCACCUUAAAUACGACCUUACAAAAAUACAAGGAAAGGGAAAUGGGACGCAAGUCUUCACCAUUAGGCUUAGGUAUGGUAAGACCUUACACUCUUUCUAUGAAGGAGGAUAAGACAUUUAAGCCAUAAACGAUUUAAAAUGCUCAAAAGAAUCAGGUUGGAAUUAAGCUAAACAAAAGUUUCAAUUACUAAACAUUUUCUAAUAGUCAAUUUUACAAAAUAGCUAAAUUGAAUUUUUUUUUUAAAUUACAGUAAAAUUUAAAAAUGUUUAUUUUAAGUUCUCAUUUCUUAAAAAAAAAAAAAGAUUUCCAAUAUUUACUGUAGUGCAGAGGCAUAAAAAAAAUACUGACAUAGGCACUUCUCAUGAUGGGUGCAGCCACUGUUGUUAGUAAGAAGUUGGAAAGGUAGGAUGUAAAGGGGAAAUUAAUUCUGUAAGCAACGUUAAACUAUUGUUUAUUAAAAACGAUUCUGAGCAGAGUUCAGUUGAUAGUGAUGCUUUGCCAACAAUAUACAUAUAAACUUAUGGUAAAACAAUUAAAUAGGCAUUAUCUUUAAUAAUAUUAGUUUAACAUUUUACCGAUUUUCCCGAUUUUUCUACGUUUUUCCAGGUUUUUGACAUUUGCUGAGAAAAUUCCCGGGAAAUUCGAAAUAUUGUACCUUCUUAUAGUACCUUUCUGGUCAGAUUUCCUUUUAGAAAAAGUGCCAUCAUUGUAAAUCGGAACAAAAUUGCUGGUAGAAAAGUUUUUCACAAGAAAAAAAAAUCACAGUAUUUUAUUAAUAUAUUUUGUACAUUUUCUCGUUUUUUCUCACUAUUUCCAUUUAAUUGGGAAUACUGCCAAAAAAUCAAAAAAUGAAUUCAUUAAAGAUCACCCCAAGAAAAUUUCCUCUCAGAAAAGAGAAUACAUUGGAGUAAGCUUUCUGGUAGAAAAAGUAUUCAUAUAAAAAAAAAUAAACAUUUUAGCAAAACCAAUACAUUCUUCAUUAAACUUAGAUUUUCAAAAAAGUUAUGCGAACUAUACAUUUUUUUAAAAUAAAGUCCAUCGUUUUCAAAUAUCCGUAUUACUUAUAUAGGUUAGUCAAAAUUUAGUACUUUGGACUUGAAUUGCGGAAAUUAUACUUCUAAAAUCUAUAAUUGGAGUUAGGAUUUUCAUUAUUUAUUUAAUUAAAUUGUUUACGGUUUUUUAUUAAGUACAUAAUCAAAAAUUCAAAUUGAACUUUAUGACGUUUUUUUUUUAUCUAACAGAAAAAAUAAGUUUAUGCGAAUUUUUCCUAUAAAGCAUAUUUAGAAAAAGGACAUACUUCAAACAUGGGGGUGUAGCCACUGUUGAAGAUAGAAAGUUGGAAAGAUAGAAUACAUACGGGAAUUUAAUGUAUAUCUGUAAGUAACGAUAAGACAUUACAAACGAAAAAAACAAUUUUGAGCAGAGUUCAGUAAAUAGUGUUGCUCUGUGUUUCCAUGACAACAAUGAUUGUUUUAAAUAAAUUAGUAUGGUACAAACUUAAUCAUAACAAACAAUAAAUAAAAACGGUUGCCAUUGACAAUCGUUUUUCAAUCUUUCAAUAUGUUUAACCUAAAGAACGAGGUUUUCCACAUUAUCUCGAAUAUUAAUGAGAAUUUCAAAAAAUAACCUUUUUAGAAAAAGUGAUGUAUUUAAUAAUCGGAGUAAAAUUUCUGAAAGAAAAUGUUAAAAAAAAAAAAACAAUUAUAAAUAAACAUUAUUGUAAAACCGAUAAAUUCCUUGCUCUCCGCUCUAAAAAAAAUAUGUAAAAACAUCAUUAAGUGACGAAAUUGUUGAAAAUAAUUUAUUUUUCUGAGAUUUAUUUUUGUGGUCAUUAAUAUUUUAAUUGUAAACUUAAUCACUUUUGUAAAUAAAAAAAAAAAAAAAAAAUGCAGGUCUUAGAACGUCAUUAGCCUCAUCCUUCCCAUGACAAAAUCUUUUAACCGCCACUGAUUCAAGUACCUAUAAGUACCUUUAGUAUAGCUAUAAUAUAUACAGUCUCUUUUUUAAUAUGCCCCGUGUAUAGCGAUGGUAUCUAAACUAGACGAAUCGGUGGGUCGAGUGGUGCAAGCGCUGAAAGAAAAAGAUAUUUUAGAAAACACCAUAAUUAUUUUCAUGUCAGACAACGGGUCGCCAACGUUCGAUGACUCUGGUAACGAUUUUCCUUCUCAUGUCGACGUCGGUAUAUCACCCAAUUGGGGAUCCAAUUUUCCGUUUAGAGGCGUGAGUAUAUCUAUAGGCACCUACAUUUAUUUAAUAGGUAUUAUAAUUUCAAAAUCAAACUACUGUUUGAGUAAAACAUUAUUAUAUAUUCAACGAUGAUGAAUACAUAAGAAUUUUUGAUUUUUAUCGGCUCGCAGACGAAAAACACGUUAUGGCAAGGUGGUGUCAAGAGCGCGUCUUUCAUCUGGGCGUCGGAUUUACAACGAAAUCGUCGAGUUUCCAAACAGCUUAUGCACAUCACCGACUGGUUACCUACGUUAUAUUCAGCGGCAGGUACGUCGCACUAUGCUGAACACAGCCUGUUAACUGUUUAAAACAUUUAGCCAACCUUGGUUAUUACUGACAUUUAAUUAAAACACAGUUUUCCACCGUCAAUAUUUUUAGUAGAUUAGUAUGAAAUUAUGGGAAUCAGUAUAUUACAAGCAAUAUUCUAAGCCACUUAGGCGCAUGGUAAUUCAAUACAUUGUUUUUAGGUGGAAACCCGGCAUUUUUACCUAAAAAUCUGGAUGGACUCAAUCAAUGGACGUCUCUUGUAUCGAAUAAACCAUCGCAGCGCAAAUAUGUAUUAUUAAACAUUGAUGAAAAACAGCGUUAUGCUGGAAUUAUUAAAGAUAACUGGAAAUUAAUAAUUGGUGAGCUUUUACAUUAUUAGAAUAAUAUUAAUUAAUUACAUUUUUAUACUAACCAAACAAGGAAAGGAUUAUGUAAAUUUAAAUUAUAUAAUUUGGCUAAAAUAUUGUAAUCAACUUUGUCAAAACUAUCGCAAAAUCUAUGUAGAUAACUUUUACCUGAUGACCUGCUUUAUACAAAUUUAAGACAUCAUUUUGGAAAACUAAACAAUUCAUAGCAAUUGACCUUUUAGGUAUAAAGCCAUGUGUCUCGUCGAUAAUUAUACUUUUAUAAAUAGGAUUGAUUUUCUUUAAAACAAUACUUUCAACACUUUAGGAAUAAUUGGGACUUUUGAAAUUGAAUAAUAAUUAAUUACUUAACUAAUGUCACCUUCUUUAGAAAUUAGUGAAAUGUAGGUAACUUUCCAUUUAUCCGGUUUUCCUAAGUUUUUCUUAUUUAUUGAGAAAACUCCUGAGAAAAUCAAAAAUGGACCUUUCUAAAGUACCAAUCCAAUAAGAUUUUUAUUUAGAAAAGGGGCUACACUUGUAAAUUAAAAAAAAAAAAAAAACAUCUUUGUAAAACCUGAAUCUUAAAUAUGCAGACAUAUAUUGUACCACGGGUAGAUCACUGUUGUAAGUAAGAAGUUUAGAAGGUAGCAAAGGAAUUUAAUUUAUAUCUGUACACAACGAUUAAUCAUUGCUAAUGAAAAACGAUUUUGAGGAGAGCUUGGUCAAUUGUAUUGCUUUUUAAAUAAUAUGCGUUUUCACAACAACGAUUGUAAAAAAAAUAUGAAAAGAUUAAAAUAAUGAAAACUUAAUAAUAACAAAAAUAAAUAAAAACGGUAGCCAAUAAAUAAAAAUGACAACCUUAUUUUUAAUCUUUUAUUCUUUUUAACCUGAAAAACCAGUUUAUAUUAGAAUAUUAAUGAGAAUUUUAAAAUAUGACCUUUCUAAAGUACCAAAUAGAGUCAAAAUUCAACAAAAAAGUUCCCAUGUCAUAUUUUAAUUGGAGCAAGAUUUAUGGUAGAAACCUUGCAGAUACAAAAAAAUAAAAAAAAUACUCAUCAUAAUAAAACCAAAAAAUGUUUUUAAACAGAUUUACUUUUUUAAAAUUGUAUAUGAUAAAUAAUCAAGUGUUUAAUAUUUUGGUUCACCAUGUCCGUAUGGUGACGGCACAAUUAAAUCUAAACUCGACUGUGACGAUAACGUGCCUUCAGCACGUUUUCCCAGUUUUAUGCACACAGGCUCGAUGUUUUUCGGACACACUAAUUCGCCUUUUGAAUUUCUAAAUGAUACCGGAUUCAUUUUGAUCCCGUAUUCGCCUUUGUGUUUAUUCACAGACAAUACUGGUUCACCUCUGUCUGACCAAUGUUUCGUAGGGUUUGGUUUCUUGGUCACUGGGAUCGUAACCAAGUCAGGGCUACUCGUGAAUUUGUUCAAAUUAGGUGGGGCCGUUGUUGUAAAUACGGGAUAUUGUUGCUGAUCGAUUUUCGCCGCAAGCAAAGGUUUCGUAACAUUUGGCGGCUUUUUGACCGUUGCCAAUAAGGAGGGACUGCUCAUAUCGUGUAUUGUUCCUGCUCUUGCCUUCUCCAUCAUAACUGCCACAUUCCUCGGUAUUGCCCCUGGUCUCCAAUUUCUAUUGAUCUAAAAAUCGUCAAAAUUAUGUUUUAUAUUUUAUUUUAGUAGGAAAUAUAUAAAGAGAUUAGGAUAUACGAUCAUGAUGGCUAUACGAUCUAUAAAAAAGGGCUUUAGCUGUUGGGUGUCACAAUCGUAAAUGGAAAGUUGGAAAUAUCGGAUACAAUAAUAGUAUCUGUACGCAACGAUAAAUCAAUGUGAGAGGCGUAGGGGCUGGUUUGAAAAUAAGAAUCUUUUAGGUGGCCUCAAUUGUAUUGAUAUGGUGGUCUGAUAUUUGUAUAUAAUAUUUUAACUCACUCAUAUUAUUUUGAAACGUAGUAAAAAGUUAUGCAAACCUACACAAAAAUUAUGUUCUUAUUUCAGUAUCAAGUUUUUUUUGUAUACAUGGUGAUUCACUAAGAGUACUCACACCAUUUUUUUUUUUUUGUUAAAUUUUGCAGAUUUUUAAAUUCUGAUUUUUCGAAUUUUUUAAGUGUAGUUAAAGCCCAUAUUUUCGUAUAACUUCGAUUUUUAACAACAUGUACGGAGUAUUUUGUGGCAAUACCAACUUUGGUUUUUUCAAAUGAGAACCUAUAUUAAAAGUUCAUAAGAAAGAGGUAUCAUUUGGGUGGUGGCACAGCACGCAGCGUUUUAAUAGUGCCCCACUACUCUUUUUUUACAUUAACCUAAAAUCGAAUAUCUCGUUAACGGUUUGAUGGAAAUCAAAAAUGUUGAUACCAAAAUUCAUUUAAGUUAAUACUCCAUCUAUUUCUGGAAUUUUUAAUAGUUGUAAUAUAUACCAAAAGUAUAAAACCAAAGUUGGUAUCAGCACAGGAUACUCUCCUUAAAUGUUAUGAAAAAUCAAAGUAUACGAAAAUAUAGGCUAUAACUAUACCUAAAAAUUCAAAAAUCAGAAUGUGAAUUUAUGCAAAAUUUAACCAAAAAAAAUAUGGUAAGCACACUUUGUGAAUCACCUUGCAUACAUUUUUGUUUAAAGUACCACAUUAAAAUGCGUAUUGACAAAAAUACAUUCAUAAACUUUUAAUCGAAACCUUCCUCAGGCUUUUUAGUUUCUCCCGUAUCAAAAUUAAAGAUGUAUUUAACUCAUAAAAUUCAAAGUCUUGACUUCACUAUUAGUUCAAAUUAAAACGCGAGAAAAAGUUUUUUUUUAAAUAUGUAUUUUAUUGUGUGAUCUAGAUAAAUUUGAAUCCUUCGACCUGAAGUUGAUUUCUAUUCUAUCAAUGCUAAUGAACUACAAUUGUGAAAGAGGUUUAGUUAGACAUUUUUUGAAACAUUAUAAUUUUUACGAUUUUUGUCAAAAUUUGAAUUUUAAACGCAUAUACAAAAAAGACGUCUCAGAAUAAAAGAGAUGAGUGCAGCCACUGUUAUAGGUAAUUUAAUGUAUAUUUGUAAGCAACGAUAAACCAUUGCUAACGAAAAAACGAUUCUGAGCGCAGUUCAAUUGAUAGUUAUGCUUUAUCAACAAUAUUGAUGUCAUAUUAUGGUAAAAUAAUUAAAUAGACAUUAUAUAUUUUCUUUAAUAAUAUUUGUUUAAAAUUGUAUCGAUUUUCUCGUUUUUCCCAUUUUUCUCAUUUUUUACGAUUUUUCCCAUUUAUUAGGAAAAUUCCUAAGAAAAUUGAAAAAUUACCUCCCUAAAUUUCCUUUCAGAAAAAGAUCUAUGUCAUUGUAAAUCACAGUGAAAUUGCCGGUAGAAAAGUAGUACAUAGAAAAUAAAAGCCAUAAUAUUUUUUUACUAAUACCUACAUUUUCUACAUUUUCCGUUUUUCCGAAAUUUUAUUCCAGUUUUUCCGGAUAUUAUGACGGUUUUUGUCAAAACUUGAUAUUAAAAUUCCCUUGUAAAAAAAAUAUAUUUUUGUUUACUAAAAAGUAAAACUCUUAAUGAACCCCCUGUUAAAUUUUCAAUCAUUUCUUCGGUUUGACAAAAUUAAAAUGCCUAUAAAUAGCUCAGAAAAGUUUCAAAUUUUUCGAAAAUUUGAUUACGCCUAGAAAAUAAAAUAUAAGUUUUCUGUCUAAAUUUGUGGAUAUGAAUAUUUUUUACUGAAUCUCAACAAAAAUAUUAAAAUUUGUAUAAAAAGCCUAAAAAUGGCUCAAAUUAUUUGAACAUUUUACCACGUCUAGAAAAGGCAAAUAUAAAUAUUUUGUCCAAAUUUCAAGUCUCUACAAAUAUUUUAAUUUGAAUUCCAACAAAUAACAAAAUUGAAAAAUAAUAAAAGCAUUAUUUUCGUAAAAUUCUCUUUUAUCUUACGUUUUAUCCUGGUUGUUUCAGAUAUUAUGCAAACCACUAGGAUAAUCAAAAAAUGACUAAAAAUGUUAAUUUUUUUUUUUUUUUAUAACAAAGUAAGACUUAUGAUGAAUCUCCUGUUAAAUUGUCAAGCAUUUCGGUUUGGUCUAACAAUUUUAUCCACAGAGUACCUAACGAAUAAAAAUCACAUAAAAAACUUGCAAUAUUCUCGUUUUUCAAAAUUAUUAUGAAAACUGCUUAGAAAAUUAAAAUAAAACAUUCUUAAAGUACCACCCAAAUAUAAUUUUCUUUCAGAAAUAAUACUACUUUUUAUACAUCAGAUUAAUAUUUCUGGAUUUAUCUUAACUAAAUCCAAAAUUCAGCAUUAAAGAAUACUUGUCAUUUUUUGAUUAAAGGGCGCAAGAUCUCUGAUACAAAAGCUGUUCACAGACAGACAUUUUUGUUGUUGUUUAAUUCAUCGAGAUCCUAUAAUUCAGUAAUAAUAGCCAACCAUUUCACCUUGACGCCACCGGUUUCCUUCAGUGACCAUAGCCAUCCUGUAUUUCUAGGAGUCACGAUUGGUAGUGGAAUACAACUUUUGUGCCCGCAGUUGACUCCCGGAUAAACUGCCUGGGCAAGUUUAUUGAUCUUCCCAGAUAAAGUGGUGGCGUUUGCGUUCACUGACGAUGUGUCUGAUCCGGCAGUGCACGUAAAAUGUGCAGUUUUCUUCUUAUGAUGUUUUUUCUUUUUUUGGCGUUUCUUAUCGUUGUUGGCCGAAGAGACAAGCGGCGUGGUCUCGAUUCGAACCAUCUCCGUUUCGGAUGCAUGGAUGGAACUAUUAUUGUUUUCGAAUUGGCGUGCAUCAGACUGGGGACCAUCGUCAUUUUUUACAGUAUCUGGCAAAGUGUUCAUUUCUUCUUUAGAUUGCGAUCGUGACUUCGGUUUUACCGUGGCCGGUUCGCGAAGUCGGUGUUCGUUUGCGUCGCUGGCCAUACGGCAUAUGCAAAAUAGGUCCGCGUGCUCGUCAUCCUCAAACAGCGUGUCCUUUUGCCAUUGUUCAAAAUAAUCAUUAAAGUUUUUCAACAACACAUGCGCUGAGCAUCGGGACACCGGAAUCACUGCUUGCAAGGCAGUAGCCGCCGCCGCCGGUCGUUCUCCGGAACACGGACAACUGUUUGGGGCACCAUCUUGACCGCAUUUUAACCUAUUUAUCACGGAAACCAACUCAUUCUUUAUAGUACCGCUUGAUUUGGAAUUCAGACCUUUCGCAGUAUACGUUUUUGAUGACAUUUAUAUCGCCACGUCGGUCUGACUUUAUUGUAAUAUUAUGCGUAUACGUUUAAGAUUUUCAGUAAAAUGAAAUUAAAGCUUCUUGUUAUUUAUAUAAUCAGCAUUAUUGACGUUGUUAUUAGCAACGUUGAGUUUUUUUGAUUCAUUUUUAUUUUCAAUGUUUAACGUAGUUAGUAUAAAUAUAUAAUAUUAUAAGUAACAGUGAACAUACGGACGCAUUUUACGCGUAUAGGAUUGUUUAAAUUAAAUUAAUAAUAUCUAGUUACUUUUAUUUUACCUACUUUCAGUUCAAAACAAAAUUAUACAAAUAUAGGUUAAUUUCAGUAAGUAGGUUAGUCAAUUAUAUGUUAAGUGUUGUUAUUUUAUUAUUGGUAUUUUAAUAAUUAAUUUUAUUAUCAUAUGAGUAAAAUGUAUGUAUAAAAUAGUGUCAAACAAAAUGUAAAGACUAAUAAAUGAAUACAGUUUGUCUAUGCUUAGGUACUUGAUGUGACAUAAUAUUGUUGUAAGACUAUGUACGUAGUUUACUAUUUCCCCAUGUACUAAGUAUGGUGGCAGUUCCUAAACAGGCUAUUAUUUAGGUUGAUAUUAUGUGAAAUAUUACCAAAUCACUAUUUACUUAAAACUAAUUUUCGUUAACAUGAACUAUUUCAUAGUGUUCUCGGUGAUAUAAACAACCAAUAAACUAGCAUGCAGCUCUGACUAUUGCUUAUUGGUUUGGCCUAACCUAACCUUUGGCCCGUGUAAACCAACAAUCAUUAAUAACCCGACAUUAAACAUAGCCCCUAAUACCGUGUACAAUUUUCCCGUAGGUGCGACGAAAAGUGGGACGCUGGACGGGUUCUUCGGGGUGACCAGACCACGGGUGCAGUACAAUGCCACGGCGGUGCUUUACAGUAUGGCCGGCCGGGCCGUGAGCCGACUGUCGAGCGGGCUACCCCAUGUCACGAUUCAAGACGUUCUAGCUGCCCGGUACGAAUCGGUCAUCCGGUGCAACCCAUCCGAGAACGGUACACAAACCCGGUCGCCGUGCCCGAGCGGUGCGGCGUGCCUAUUCGACCUUCUGGCUGAUCCGUGUGAGACAGUGAACGUGGCUAGAGAACACGUAGGCGUCAGCGCUCAGUUGUAUGACAUGCUCAAGUACUAUAGGCGCUUGUUAAUACCACAGACCAACCAGCCAUUUGACCCGACGGCCAAUCCUACCAGGUACAACGACACGUGGUCCAGUUGGGCGUACUGAAGACGCAGCCAGUAUCAUCCACUUUGUUGUCACCGAACAACGACUACAAUCGCUAUUAUUAUUAGUUUUGAAAUUAAUUCACUUUUACAAAACCCAUUUAAAUUUCCAAAAAAGCAAUAACAACUUUAAAAAAAACAUUCAAUGAGCACAAGUUCUAUCACUAUGUUUUGAAUUCCUCCUCCUCCCAUAUUUUUCAUUACAGAAAUAUUAAUUGUAAAACAAUAAAUAACCG